CCAUCCAAUGCUUUAGUGAUGAUGCUGCUGAUCUAUUUGGGAAGUUGGCUAGCUCUCAACGCGAAGCUUCGUCUUCUCAAAGGCUGUUUCACACUGCAAAUAUGCACAGUGCAGCCUCAGUGCAUGAAUGAAAAAAGCAUCUAGUGCCCUAGCAGCCUCGCAAACAUGGAUCCCAAAUCCCAGCUCAGCCUUUCCCUGCUGCUGUCCCAGGUUCUUGCAUUUGCUGUUGCACGAGAUUUCGACUGCAUCCCAGGAUUUCAACAGAAGAUAUUUUACAUAGAGCAACCGUUGGAGUUUCUGGAAGACCAACUCAUCUUAAAUGUGCAGUUUGACGAUUGUCAAGGUAACGAGGAGGUGAUAUACGAAGUAUCUAAUCCCAACUUUAAAGUGGAAGCCGAUGGAUCGCUAAUUGCGCUGAGGAACGUUACGGAAAACAUCCGGGCUUUGUUCAUCCACGGGCGCUCUCCUCACUCCGACGACAUGGCGGAAGUAAAGAUCCUUGGGAGAAAGGAUAGACAUAACUCCAUAAAGAACAUGCUUAAAGUACCCAGACAUCUUUCACUUUUGAGACAUAGGAGGUCAAUUGUGGCACCUCCGAUCGCAAUUGCAGAGAACCAGCGAACACCAUUUCCAAAAAUCGUGGGCAAGGUUGUGGUGAGCGACUGGAUACAGGGAUCCAAGUUCCGCUUGUAUGGAAAGGGAGUGGAUGAAGAACCAAAGGGGGCAUUCAGGAUCAAUGAAAAUACCGGAGAGGUCUCAGUGACAAAAGCUCUCGAUAGGGAGAUUCUUCCAUCUUACCAGUUGCGGGUGGAAACCACAGAUGAAAGUGGAAAAACCAUUGAAGGUCCAGUGGAUUUAGAAGUCUUGGUUAUCGAUCAGAAUGACAACCGACCGAUCUUCAAGGAAGGUCCAUACAUUGGCCAUGUUCUUGAAGGUUCUCCAACUGGUACCACAGUAAUGAACAUGUUGGCGUUUGAUGCGGAUGACCCCACUACUGACAACGCCGUCCUGCGCUACAAUAUCCUCAAGCAAACGCCCGACAAGCCAUCGCCUAACAUGUUCUACAUCGACCCUGAAAAGGGCGACAUUGUCACAGUGGUGUCUCCAGCGCUGCUAGACCGCGAAACAUUAACAGCCCCACAGUAUGAAUUAACAGUGGAGGUCAAAGACAUGGUCGGGACGGAUGUGGGAUUAAUCGGCACGGCAACUGCGACCAUUGUCAUCGAUGACAAAAAUGACCACCCACCUGAGUUCACGAAAAAAGAGUUUCAAGCCACGGUAAAGGAAGGAGUUACGGGCGUGAUGGUAAACUUAACGGUGAAUGACAAGGACGACCCCACCACGGGAGCAUGGAGGGCGGUUUAUACCAUCAUUAAUGGAAACCCUGGCCAGAGCUUCGAAAUUCACACCAAUCCCAAUACGAAUGAGGGGAUGCUUUCUGUGGUCAAGCCAUUGGAUUGUGAGAUUCUGGCCUUUCACACUUUGCUAAUCAAAGUAGAGAACGAAGACCCUCUUAUCCCAGACGUGGGCUAUGGGGCCAGUUCCACCGCCACCGUUCAGAUCAACGUCCUAGACGUGAACGAGGGCCCGGUUUUUCACCCGGACCCGACGAAAGUGUCAACCCCAGAAAACAUCCCAGUUGGAUCCAUCUUACUCACUGUGAGUGCCACCGACCCGGAUACCUUGCAGCAUCAAACUAUCCGGUUCUCAAUGCUGAGGGACAAUGCUGGCUGGCUCUCAAUUAACGCUCUGAAUGGAACAGUCAACACCACAGGACCUCUCGAUCGGGAGUCCUCAUUUGUCCACAACAACACGUACACCGCCUUGAUCUUAGCAAUAGACAAUGGCACUCCUCCAGCUACCGGCACGGGGACGUUACAAAUUACAUUAGAAGACGUUAAUGACAAUCCGCCAUACGUUUCUCCGACCUCAGCCAAGAUGUGCGAAGACUCGAAGGAAUCUAACAAUAUUAUUCUGGGAGCGUGGGACCGCGAUCUUCAUCCAAACGCUGGCCCCUUUAAAUUCGAGCUGGUCAAACAAGCUUCCCUGGCGUGGAAACUCACCCAGCUAAACAGUACCCACACACAGCUCAGCCCGCUGCAAAAUCUAAAGAAAAACAACUACAACGUGCCGGUGGUGGUGACGGACAACGGGACGCCACCCCUGUCAUACAGCACGGACGUGACGAUCCAAGUGUGCGUGUGCAAAAAAGGCAAACAAGACUGCAGUUCAGCUGAGGCCCCCCACGCCAGCCUGGUCCUCGUCCUCCUGUUUACACUCUACGGUCUCUUCUGUCUGUAAGCACCGGGAACUUUUUACGCUGGCUACCACAUCGCCAUGGCAACAGGAAGACGGGCAAAAAAAAUAAAAAAUAAAAAGUGUUUACCGGAAGACUGCAGUACACAGUUAUUAAAAGACCGGGCUUCAACUGCUCCAGACUCUCUGUUUAAUUUGCAACCUCAAUUAUUCUCUAAAACGGUACACCAGUCCUUGACAGCCUCUGAUUCUGCAUUCUUUGUAUUAAUGGGAUCGCUGCUGGAGUGCCGCGCGCUACAAGAAUGCAGCCUGAAAGACACUGGGAACAGUUGUUUGAACUUGUCCUGCUCAAGGCAGAAUGCAACGAUCAUAUCUCCCGACGCUCGCAGUUUGUUUCUACUCUAUUGUACUGAUGAUUUACCGAACCUAAAACAGUUUUGUCUGUCA